ACAAAGUUAAGAUGGGCCUCUGUUUCUCUAAUAUUGCUAUGAGGAACAAGAAUUACCCGAACAUUCCAGAUCACAAUGUUUCUCACUACCUGGUUUUGUUUGGCGACUAUCGGCGCGUCGCAGAUGGCGAAUUUAUUACUGCCAGGUUUUCAAGGGCGUUCACUUGAAGCUAGUAUCAAAGAGAGGAAUCUAAAUAUCACAACUUAUAUUGUGGUCUGCCCGAAGACUAUAAGACCAUCAGAGUGUGGCAUACCCGGGGAGGGCAUGACUGUCAUCGCUGCGCCGACAUUCGCAGAGUUGAGGCAUUCAAAUAACGUCAACAACACCGCAUCUUUAUCCUGCGAAAUUGAUGGAACAACCUACGCAUCCUGCCAUGCACGCCAAACAAUCUCUGUACAGGCUACGUUAGCACCGAAAGACCUGAAUUGGAUGGAUAUACCGGUCAUUUCAACGACCGAGGAGACUAUAUUUGCUCCUUCAUCUUUACCAACUGGGAUAGCGAGCAUAAUAACCACAGACAUGUCAUCGGUCCCCCGUCCAACCGCCAUGCAGGAGCCAACCGCCGAAAACAUUGGACCCUCUAUAAAUGUUUUGUCUCAGGCGUUAUAUCGUAUUUUAGCUUCGAUGGUGUUGCUUUCUAUGGGUUAUAUACUAUCGCUCGCUUUUCUGGAUUGAGAAAUUACUCCGAUCUUAUCUAGUGGCCUAUAAUCGCGCCGACACUCCGGACUAAGUUGAAAAUCUGACUUCCGGGGUGUUGUUUCUACGAUCUGAAAAUGCAUAUAGCUAUUAAUUGAUUUCAAAAACACAAAUAUUCUCUUCCUUUGCCC